GUCGAGGUAACACUCAGAGCUGGUCUUGCGCUGUCAAAGGGAACGGAGCAUCGUUGGAAACAACACACUGGCUAGCAAACUUCACAGAUUUCACCAUGGUUUUUACAGUGAUGCCUUAUCUGUGGAUUAUAUUUGGCUUUGUUUUGUUUCAUCACACGCACACUGGAAUAGCACAAAAUGUAAAGGAAGUAAUGCUGCUGGAUUCUAAAGUACAGACGGAACUGGAGUGGAUAUCCUCUCCUUCUAGCGGGUGGGAAGAAAUCAGUGGACUUGAUGAGAACUACACACCUAUUCGGACUUACCAGGUGUGCCAGGUAAUGGAGCCCAAUCAGAACAACUGGCUGCGAACUAACUGGAUAGAGAAGGGCAAUGCUCAGAGGAUUUUUGUAGAACUGAAGUUCACACUGAGGGAUUGUAAUAGUCUGCCAGGUGUGCUGGGGACUUGUAAGGAAACGUUUAAUCUGUAUUACCAAGAGACAGACUCUGACUAUAGGAAGAAUAUACAAGAAAGCCAGUAUGUAAAAAUAGACACCAUUGCAGCAGAUGAAAGCUUUACCCAGGGAGACCUCGGGGAACGAAAGAUGAAGCUGAAUACCGAAGUACGGGAAAUUGGGCCUCUGUCUAGAAAAGGAUUUUAUCUGGCUUUUCAGGAUGUUGGGGCCUGCAUAGCUUUGGUAUCUGUUAAAGUCUACUAUAAGAAGUGCUGGUCUAUUAUUGAGAACUUAGCAGUUUUCCCGGACACAGUCACAGGGUCCGAGUUUUCCUCCCUGGUCGAGGUGAGCGGAACAUGUGUGAGUGAUGCAGAAGAGGAGGCAGAUAAUUCUCCCAAGAUGCACUGCAGUGCUGAAGGUGAAUGGCUGGUGCCUAUUGGAAAGUGUAUCUGCAAAUCAGGAUUUCAUCAAAAAGGAGAUGCCUGUGAGCCCUGUGGCCGUGGAUUCUAUAAAUCAUCCUCCCAAGACCUCCAGUGCUCCCGCUGCCCUGCUCAUAGCUUCACUGACAGAGAAGGCUCUUCCCAAUGUGACUGUGACGACGGAUAUUACAGAGCGGCCUCAGACCCACCAUCUGCGGCAUGCACAAGACCCCCGUCUGCACCACAGAACCUGAUUUACAAUAUCAACCAGACCACGGUGACCCUGGAGUGGAGCCCCCCAUCAGACAAUGGGGGCCGUAGUGACGUCACCUACAGGAUUGUGUGCAGGAAGUGCAGCUGGGAGCAGGGAGAGUGUGCGCCCUGCGGCAGCAUCGUUGGAUUUGUACCCCAGCAAUCUGGAUUAGUUGAUACCUCUGCCACCAUCGUGGACCUGCUCUCCCACGCCAACUACACCUUUGAGGUUGAAGCUGUGAAUGGAGUCUCAGACCUCAGUCGCACCCAGAGGCUCUUUGCCACAGUCAGCGUUGCGACCAGUCAAGCAGCUCCCUCGCAGGUUAGUGAAGUUAUCAAGGAGAGAGUGCGGCAAAGGAGCAUUCAGCUUUCCUGGAAGGAGCCGGAGCUUCCCAACGGGGUCAUCACAGAGUAUGAAAUCAAGUAUUAUGAGAAGGAUCAAAGGGACCGCACUUACUCAACUGUGAAAUCAAAAACUACAUCAGCCACUGUCAAUAACCUGAAACCAAGCACAGCAUAUGUGUUUCAGAUUCGAGCUUUUACUGCUGCAGGCUAUGGCACCUAUGGUCCAAGACUAGAGGUCAUAACACAGGAGGAAGCUACAGCCACAGCCGUCACCAGUGAACAGAACCCAGUGAUUAUCAUAGCUGUAGUUGCUGUGGCAGGGACCAUCAUCCUCGUCUUCAUGGUGUUUGGAUUCAUUAUUGGAAGAAGGCACUGCGGCUACAGCAAAGCAGACCAGGAAGGAGACGAGGAGCUUUACUUUCAAUUUAAAUUUCCAGGCACCAAAACAUAUGUUGACCCUGAAACCUAUGAGGACCCGAAUAGGGCUGUCCAUCAAUUUGCCAAGGAGCUGGACGCUUCAUGCAUUAAGAUUGAGCGAGUAAUCGGAGCAGGAGAGUUUGGAGAAGUAUGCAAUGGACGUCUGAAGCUCCCGGGAAAAAGAGACAUGUCAGUUGCUAUCAAAACUUUGAAAGUUGGCUAUACAGAAAAACAGAGAAGAGAUUUUCUUGGUGAAUCCAGCAUCAUGGGGCAGUUUGACCAUCCCAAUGUGGUUCAUCUGGAAGGAGUUGUUACAAGGGGAAAACCAGUUAUGAUUGUGAUAGAACACAUGGAGAAUGGAGCACUGGAUGGAUUUCUUAGAAAACACGAUGGCCAGUUUACAGUUAUCCAGCUUGUGGGAAUGCUGCGUGGUAUCGCAGCUGGAAUGAGAUACCUUUCUGAUAUGGGAUAUGUUCAUAGAGAUUUGGCAGCACGUAACAUUCUGGUCAACAGCAAUCUUGUAUGUAAAGUGUCUGACUUUGGCCUGUCGAGAGUAAUAGAAGAUGAUCACGAAGCUGUCUACACCACAACGGGCGGAAAGAUUCCGGUCCGAUGGACAGCCCCAGAAGCCAUACAAUACCGAAAGUUUACUUCAGCCAGUGAUGUUUGGAGUUACGGAAUUGUAAUGUGGGAAGUCAUGUCCUAUGGGGAGCGACCUUACUGGGACAUGUCCAAUCAGGAUGUAAUCAAAGCUAUCGAGGAAGGUUACCGUCUACCAGCGCCUAUGGACUGUCCACCUGGUCUUCACCAACUUAUGCUUGACUGCUGGCAAAAGGAGCGGGGCGAAAGGCCGAAGUUCGACCAAAUAGUUGGAAUCCUUGAUAAAAUGAUCCGGAACCCCAACACAUUAAAGACUCCCUUAGGCCAGUGUAGUAGACCAAUUAGCCCACUUUUAGAUCAGAACACUCCAGACUUCACUACUUUCCGCACAGUGGGAGACUGGUUGGAAGCAAUCAAGAUGGAAAGGUACAAAGAUAACUUCACAGCAGCUGGGUACAGCUCAUUGGAGUCAGUGGCCAGGAUGACUAUUGAGGACAUGUUGAGCUUAGGGAUCACAUUAGUGGGCCAUCAGAAGAAAAUAAUGAGCAGCAUACAGACAAUGAGAGCACAGAUGCUGCACUUGCACGGCACCGGUGUCCAGGUGUGACAAGCAACAAUUCUUCCAGUUAGGAGGCAACAGGCUUCUAACAAACUACAAUGAGGCGUUUACUAAGGAUAAUCAUUGAAUGUGCUGCUUCCUGCAUCAAGACUCAUGGGAUAAACACAUUCUUUAUUCCUUGGUGCCACCUUCCAGAGGUGGGAGGAGCUAAUGCAGGGUCCAUUAUCAGCAGCUAAGAUGUCAAGAAAUACCACCUGGCACAUAUGAGACCUCUGAGGAACUCUUAACUGUGUAUUAUAGAGUGACAGAGAAUAAUGUUUUGUUUUUUUUUGUACCUCCCUCCUUUUUGCUCUUAUGUGUAAAGCAUUUUUUCCACAUUAUUCUGAAUAACUAUUUCUUGAAAAAUAAUUACCUUUAUAAAAUAAUUAUUGCUUGGAGUGGUGAUUCAGUAUUCAGUUCAGUUGUUAGUUUAUCCCAAACACUGUGCUCAUGUGUGGUGUAUUCCCUUUUUUAAUUAGCAGGGAACAGGGUAAAGGGAAAGGCAAUCAGUGGGCUUGAAAUAUCUUUAAAAAUGUUUUCAAGCAGGUGUAAUUAGGAACAAUUACCAAUGUGUGGUGAAGCAGAGUUGUGGUAUUAACUUUUUAAUAUAUUACAAUAUUAAUGAAUUUCCAGUCAGUAGCAGUAUGGAGUUACUAAAUCAGUCUGAGUGAGCCUGGGGUUCAUUUAUUUCAAAUUGUUUAUAAUGUUUACUGCUUGCAAUAUUUUAAAUAAUUGAUCAAAGUAUAUUUUGAAGGUCUAAACUUUGUAUUUUGGAACAUGAAAAAAGUUCUGCAGAUAGACCUCCGUAAGCUUAGCAAUUAAAGGAACGUAAUCAUACUUUGAAAUUUCUGUCCUGUAGGGAUAACCGUAGUGUACUGGUGAUCUUUUUUUAUUAUUAUUAUAUGUGUUUGCAGUUAUAUCUUUCUUAAGUUACUUAAGCAAUAAUUAGUCCUGAUGGAACACGGCAUCUUUCAGAAUGUCAACGUUCUGUGUUUCAUAGACGUGCUUUACUGUUCUGACCAUACUUUGGAAAACUUCAGUUAGUGGUGUGAUAAAAACAGAAAGAGAGAGAAUUUGUGAAUUAUUGUAGCAGUUGGUUGUCGCAGAGUUGUUUUGCAUUAUCAAAUUUUCCGACCCAUUAAAAUUAUAACGUAUGCUUUUUGUUCUUUCUGAUGUUUAUUGGUUUAACAGGGCUCUACGAUGAAACACAUUAUGUAAUCUCAUGCUGUCACAAUUCACUGGUGCCAGUUGUUCCCAUUUAUACAAUGAAUGAAUGUUUUAUCAUGUUAAAGUUUGUCUAUAACGGUGACUAGUUAUAGUCUCUUGGCAAAUUAUUGACACUUGUUUUCUUAGGCAUGCUGCAGAAUGCAGUUUACUGUAAAGAAGGGUUUAUAAUAGGAUUUUAAAAAGGGGUUGUUCCAAAAUGCUCACGUGUAAGAUUUGUCUAAAACCAUAAGUAUAGUGUGUGGAUUUGUUUUAAAGCCUGCUGGCUUGGCCUUGUCGAGUAACAAGACAUUUGGUUCCAUUGUGUGUCCCUUUACCACCUAUUUCUAAUCUCAGUGCCCAGUAUCAAAUGCAAAAAUGUCAUCCUUUUAGAUAUUUCAGCAUUCUAUCUUCCCUGUAGCAAGUAAAACAACCAUUUUCACAAGAACAGUCAGAAUAACAAGCCCCGCCCUGUAUUCAGUCACAGUUUGUCCAUAGUGUACCACAUGUAAAACUGCAUUACUUACAGAAAUAUGUAGUCAAUAUUACAUUCAUUACUUCCAACAAAAGAUGGUCUAAAUAUGGCUUUGUUUUAAUCAGUCCACCUGGUGGUUACUUAUUAAGCUUCAAAAUAUAGUGGAAAGAGGUGUGUGCGUUAGAUCAGGUAUUUGGUAGGCCUGUUACAUCAUUAAAAAAAUAACACAUUCAUUAUCUGUAUAACAAAUUAAUUACAAUCUUUUUUUUUUUAAUGUUUAACUUAAAUGGGCAUAUUUGUUUAUUGACAGAAUUGGGGUCUAUUCCAUGUUUUCAAUUCCGUUUCCAAUCCCAGUUCCCUUUUCUACAAUUGCAAUUCCGUUUUACAGUAUAGUCUUUACUGAGGUUUAUGCCUUAGGCUUUACCAGGUUACAUGACAGGUUCAUUAAGUUGUAUACAAUAUUUGCUUGCUCAGUAAAGCUUUUGUUGUAAAAUGAUUGGAAUAGGAAUUUGAAUUGAUUAAAAGGGAAUUGGGAUUAGAAAUGGAAUUGGAAUUAAAAAAAUGGAAUUGACCCCAAAUCUGAUGUUUAACCUCACAGACAUAUUCAAGUAGAAGCUAAAUGUAGAAAACGGUGGACUGCCCCUUUGAAGAGUGGCUGAUGAUUCCAAAGAAUUUAGUAUUGGUGAUUGUGUCAGAAAGACCCUUGGGAUCAAAGGGAAAUGUGUAAAUGUUCCUCUGUAAAACUUGUACAUUUUAUUUAUACUGUCAUUUUUGUACACACAGUUCUUCUGUAGUGAGCUCUGAAUACAUUGAAAAUGCACUAUAUUUUUCUAUCUCACUUGCAAAUUAUCUUCACCCAUGUAUUUUCAGGUGUACAUAGUUACUGUCAUUUAGGACCAAAGACUGCCAUCGGUUACUUGUUAUGUUUAUUGCUGUUUUUGUUGUUUUUGUUUUGUGCUGUACAGUGUUAUAUUUUGUCAAUGUAUUAUUUAUU